UGCGUGCCAACCGCCAAAAAAAUCCACGAAGAAGAAGAAGGAGGAGAAAGAAGUGGCUCGUUCAUAUUUCAGUGCUGUUCAACUUUACAUGUGGCUAAAAAACCUUAGACUUGUCUUGUGAGGCCUUAAGCUGCCAACCAGAGAACUGGAAGCGACAGCCUGCGAGGGAGCAGUUAGCAUCAGAGCUAACUGAGAAGCUAACGGCCAGAGAAGUUUCCUGUUAGAGGAAAAGGGAAAAAGUGACUUCUCAUUGAGAACACUGGACACUUAUUGGACUCUGGGCUGUUUGGAGGCUUUUCUCCGAGGAACAAAAGCGAGUCUGACGACAUUUCACAGCCUCUUGUUCUCUUGGAAGGUUCUUGCUGAUCAAUCUGCCAGUAGCCAAGAGAGGAACUUCAUUAUUAACCUGAAGGAACCAAACACCAAAGACAUGAAAGAGGAAGAACCAGAACCUCAAGGAAUUAAAGAAGAACAGCUUGGACUGUGUAUCUUUCCAGAUGAAAAGCAACUUGUUAAGCAGGAGACAGACACCUUUGUAGGGUUUUCUGCUUGUAACAAACUAUUUCAAGUUAAUCCUAAACUGCAACAGAUGAACAUGACAAAGGAGGAACCAGAACCUGUACAGAUUAAAGAGGAACAUGGGGAUCUCUGGAGUAAUGAGGAUGAGGAGCAGCUUGUAGUGAAGCAGGAGGCUGGCACCUUUAAGGUGACUCCUCUGGAUUUAAAACAUGACAUGAAUGGACCAGAAAAGAAAAUGAAUCAACUUCUCUAUGCAGACUCCCCUGAAGGUGAGAAGCAGCAUCAGCAGGAUAAUAAUCAAGAAGAGUCAGGAUCAAACAGAGAUGAAGAGCUAAAGCUCAAAAAGAGACGAGAGAAAACCAAAGAUCACAGUGAUGGUUCAAAACUAAAAAGACAUAAGACCAAUAAACCUUGUGAAGCAUGUGGUACAUGUUUCACCAAGUGUAGCUGUUUGACUAAUCAAAUUAGGAAAAAAAGAGGAGAGAAAUCUUUCCUGUGUGUGCUUUGUGGAAAAGGUUUCCCCAGACAAAGUAAUUUAAAUAUCCACAUGAGAGUCCACACAGGGGAGAAACCUUUCUCCUGUCCAACUUGCGCAAAAGGGUUUUCCACUAAAGGUAACCUGAAUAUUCACAUAAGAACUCAUACAGGAGAGAAGCCGUACGCAUGUGAAAUGUGUGAUAAAUCUUUCAGUGUUGGUAGUCAUCUGGCUCGUCACAUGAGAGUGCACACUAGUGAGAAGCCUUUUUCCUGUCCAACUUGUACAAAAGUUUUUUUCACUAAAAAUAAGUUGAGAAGGCACAUAGGAAAUCAUAUGGGCAACAAGCCAUACGUUUGUGAAAUGUGUGAUAAAUCUUACAGCGCUGGUAGUUAUUUAGCUGUUCACAUGAGAACGCACACAGGUGAGAAGCCUUUUUCUUGUCCAACAUGUGCAAAAGAGUUUUCCCAGAAAAGUCACCUGAUUAUUCACAUAAGAACGCAUACAGGUGAGAAGCCUUUUUCUUGUCCAACAUGUGCAAAAAGUUUUUCCACUAAAGGUAACCUGAUUAUGCAUAUAAGAACUCAUACGGGCGAGAAACCUUAUCGUUGUAAAUUGUGUGAUAAAUCUUUCAGCUGUGGUAGUCGUCUGGCUCGUCACAUAAGAAUGCACACUAGUGAGAAGCCAUUUUCCUGUUCAAUAUGUGCAAAAAGUUUUUCCACUAAAGGUAGCCUGAUUAUGCACAUAACAACUCAUACGGGCGAGAAACCUUAUCAUUGUAAAGUGUGUGAUAAAUCUUUCAGCAAUUGUAGUUAUCUUGCUCGUCACAUGAGAAUGCACACUAGAGAGAAGCCUUUUUCCUGUCCAACUUGUACAAAAGGUUUUUUCACUAAAUAUAGGUUGAGUAGACACAUAAGAAAUCAUAUGGGCAACAAGCCAUACGCUUGUGAAAUGUGUGAUAAAUCUUACAGUAGUGGUAGUCAUUUAGCUCGUCACAUGAGAACGCAUACAGGUGAGAAGCCUUUUUCCUGUCCAACUUGUGCAAAAGAGUUUUCCUUGAAAAGUAACCUGAUUAAACACUUAAGAAUUCAUACGGGUGAGAAGCCUUAUCAUUGUGAAGUGUGUGAUAAAUCUUUUACUUCCUCUAGUAGUAGGAUUCAACAUAUGAAAACUCACAGGUGAGAAGUUGUAUGCUUCUAAAGCGUGUGCUAAGUCUUCCAGAAACAGUUGUCAUCUGGCUGAUCACAUGCUAACCUACAGGUGAGAAGCCUUUCCUGUGUCUGAUGUGUAGAAAAUGUUUCUUCAAGCAAAGCAAUCCAAGUGUUCACAUGAGAAUUCAUGGUGAUAAGAUGCCUCACUCUUCAGAUACAUAUUAAAAUCAACGACUGUUGUAAAUUAGCUAAACGACAUACAGGUCAGUUUAAUCAUUCACAAGGUCCAACUUUUGCUUAUUCAUGGAUUGAUGGAGACAUCUACUGAACAACUAUAAAGAAUUUGAUGAUUUUCAUUGGUGUUAUUUAAUCAUUAGAGUGACUGUUAGAUUAUUUGUCGGGUUUUAGGAGAUUACAUUUUUGUUUUUCCUCUGUUCAUUUGGAUAAAUUAUGACACUAAAAUAUAAAAUUACAUACUCUGUACACUAUAUAAUUUUAUAGCACAAAAUUAGUUAGAAUUUUAUAGCAGCAUUUAGUUUCUCUGCUCCGCUGAUCUGGAACAAACUUCCAGAAAACUAUAAAAGUGCUGAAAUUCUGAGUUCCUUUAAAUCAAGAGUAAAACC